GUUGCAAGUAAAUUAAUUAAAAAUAAAUGUUUUUAAAUAUUAUAAAAACCUUUAUGAUCCUUGUUCAGAAAUGUGGUCUCUAUAACAGAAAACAAUAACACAAAGAAAUAACAACCAUGAUGUGUAGAGAAUAAGGUAAAGAAAGCAAAGUGAUGGAGUGAUACAUGCUAGGAUGAUGUGAAUUGUUGCCUCCAAGUUCCCAUAAACCCCAGUGCAACCAGUACUCCUAUUUAAAGCCAUUUAUUUCAUCAAACAAUAAAAAUACUAAUUUUGCAAAUAAAUCAUUAUGUUAAUGUUGGGUAGUUUCUUACAUUUAGUUUAAUACAGUUCGCCUUUUUAGGCAUAGAUGUUGUAUAUUAGUGGUGCAAAUCCCCCCAGAAAUGUAAUGUAAUUACCAAAACCAUCUGCCAUGCUCUAAAAGUAGAACACAUUAACAGUUCCCUGCUGAAACAGGUAAAUCACUCUGAAACAUAUAGUAUGGUAUAGUAAUAACAGACCAUUUCACAAAGGGCUCAUCACUCAUCACAAAACAGCCUCGAGCGUCUCGUGUCUCUACAUGACUGUGUUUGCAUCGCCAUCUAGUGGACAGCCUCCCACUUGCCUCAGUAGACCUCAUACUGUGCAGUAGGUGCUUUUCAUUGUUCCUCCACGGUCAUGUUGCAAGUCUAGGUGAGAUACUACAGGCAAACACAUCGUUUUUUCAAGCACUGGUCAGUUUUGAGAGUGUAGUUUAUUUUGUUAUUUCUUCUUUCAAACUAGUGGAAAGAAAUGAUCAAAAGUAAACAUUUAGGUGUUAAUUUUACUUUUCUAUUUGUGUCUGUAGAUUUCUCCUAAAUGUGUCAAAAUGUAGCUUUAGAAUUUGAAUGUUUGAACAUUUCAGAAAACUUGUAGUACAAAGAAUAAUUGUCUUAUUGUAAGUAAUCAACUGGGGAAGUUUCAUGGUGACAUCUGUUAGUUAACAAUGUUCUACCCUCUUCACCUGUAGUGUCUCCCCUUUAGAGCUGUAUGAGGAGAUAAGUAAACGUGACAUCGCUAAUGGUGAUUGUUUUUUAAAUAUCUCCUCAGUAACAUGAGCAGGUCUGUACAGUUUGUAUGUGACGUGCAGUAGGAGGAGGAAGAAAAUGUCCCCCUUCACCCCCUCUUGACUCUAGUCGGGACCUCAGAGCAGAGGACGCUCAGAAGAAGAAGAAGAAGAAGAAGAAGAAGAUGAAGAAGCUGGUGGUGUUUUUGCUCUGCAUGGUCCUGCUGACCAUCUACACAGAUGCUAACCCCAUCAUCAAGGAGAGCUUUGCUAAGCAGCUGCUCCGCAGCAAGAGGCAGGAGCGACCGAUGAAGGCCGGCCACCCCGAUGAGCCGAUGAGGGAGCAUCUGCUCCACAUGCAGGCUCUGGAUCAGAGGGCCCAGGAGACCAACCUGGAGCAUUGGCUCAACCCUCACUGCUACCCUCGCUGUGACAGGAACUACGGACACCCCGUCUGAUCCUGUAAAGGUCCAGAGGCCACAACACGGACAUGGCAACAAUGAAAACUUUUGAAAGAUAAAAGGAUGGACACUCUCUCUCUCUCUCUCUCUCUCUCUCUCUCUCUCUCUCUCUCUCUCUCUCUCUCUCUCUCUCUCUCUCUCUCUCUCUCUCUCUCUCUGUCUCUCUCUCUCUCUCCCUCUCUCUCUCUCCCU